AUGAACUGCUACACGAACCUCACCUCGUCCUUGAAAGAUCAAACCUUCAAGUACUACCUCAGCAUCCCGAGUUCAAUAAUCUUCGGCCUCGUCAUCGUCGGCGAGUCCGCAGUCACGCUGUAUAUAAACAAGAGGAGCGCGAUACUGAACGACAGAGCCUCUACGCUUUUCUCCAACAACCUCUCUCUCACUAACUUAUUCCUCGGGUUGUACACCUUCGCUUAUCCUCUGCCGCGUCUCAUAUGCUUCAAUUUGCUGGGACACGAUAGGACUCUCUGGUGGCACUGUCUCCUUUCUGCUGUGGUUCUUCACGUGUUGCACCUGGUGGAUCUGUUCUGCCUCGUUUGCAUGGCUUUAGACAGAUACCUGUUCCUCACGAAGCCCCUGCGAUACCACAACCUGAUAACGAGCACCCGCUGUCGCUUCUUAGCCGCGGCAACAUGGACUACGGCUCUCCUGGUCCUGCUUCCCUUUGCCGUCUACUCGUCGGUGUAUGUUGACAGGCCGCCUCUUGUACGUUGCAACACGGGGACAGGGGCCGGUGUACCCUUCCUCGCGGCUUACACUGUGGCCAGCACCGUUGCCGUGUUCUUGGUGGUUCUGCUGUAUGUCCUAACAGCGGCGGAUAUGUGGUGCAGCAAGAGGAACAUGGUCUUCCCGGAUGACACUCUCCUAGGACCAGGACAGGCUACCAGGAAGACGGCCAAAGAAGCUUCCAAAGUGCUGCUCUUCUUUAUUUUCCUGUCCGUGCCCGAGCUCCUGUUACAAUGGCUCGCGCUGUGUCUGAGACUUAGGCUGAAAAAGUGGUUGUACCUUCUACUACGGAUCACCCAAGGACUCCACGUUGUCCUGUACCUCCCUAUCUACGGCUGGUGCACAUCGUCUUUCAGGGAAACACUCCUAGCUGAGGCAGCGAAAGCGAGAAUGUAUUUUGAGGAACAGGAGAGAAAUUUGCGUCAGCUGGUUCGCCUUUCAUGAACGAAGGAGGAAAUAGAUUGUUUCCACGUGAUGUCAUCAGUAAGGCGUCCGCCAUAUUGGAAGCUUCAAGCUUGGGUGUCCAGUCCUUUUAUUUUCUUCUUUGGAUUUAUUAAGGGAUAAUGGUGAAUUACGGCCGUGUCUAUGAAUAUCAUAACCGGCAAAAUCGAGUCUCAUUUGAUACUAAAUAAAUUGCCGAAAAUAAUUCGACAUCGAGGAGAAAAUCCAUAAUAGGUGAGGAAAGAUGGCGUCUGUUUUUU